AUGGGGAAUAAGAGCUCAAAUGCAACCCGCUCUCAAAGUCAGGGGCCCAAUCAGCCGCAGAUCCUGGUCCAACAGCACCAGCAGAGGAUGAAUCGACGGGCUUCCGAAUUCAAAUCACGCUCCAAUGAUGUGCCAGGUAUACUGUACUUUUGUUACAAAAAUCAAUCAUUGCAUUUUAUAACUUGCUUCGUGUGACCUUCUGAAAAGCCACGGCGUUUACUAAAAACAACUUACUCGUUUGUAUACUGACUUAUAACACGCAACCUUGCGUAAUGUUCCAACAUAAUCUAACUAUGAUAUUUAUAAUGUUAUUACAGUUCUAGACCGCCCGUCCUUGACGGUUCCAGACGCAUCAAGAGUAAACAGUAAGUAAUGAAAACUAUUUUUUUUUAAUUUCGAGGGCGAAGAUGGUCGAGUACAGCAUUGGUAGUGCAAAGGAACAGUACGAGUAAACCGAAAAGAUUAGCCCCCAGGCAACGGAACUUAAUCAUCAAAUCGUGGAGUAAGAUCAACAAGGUCAAAGCAGGAAAGGAUAUAUUUUGUGGUAAGAAACCCAGCCAUACAUGCCGUUAAUAGACAAUUGUCUAGCAAGAAUUUUAUUAUUUUAGCAAUAUUUGCGGAAGUCGAAGAUCUAAAACCAAUAUUUGGGAUCAGUUCGAACACCAAAGGGAAAAAACUGAGGGCUGAUCCUAAAUUUAUAUCCCACUCGGACGUUUUCAUCGACACUUUCGACUUUGUCAUAAGAAAUCUGGAUGACAUUAGUAUGGUCACGGAAAAUGCGGAACAAUUGGGGAAGUAAAGGGAAUAAUUGUUUUCAAAAAUUUAAUUAUUUGUUUAGAAAACAUGCCAACUUAAAGAUAAAGGACUUCCGAACAGAGUACUGGCACAUCUUCACCGAGUGUAUAGUGGAGAAUAUCACCCAAGAAAUGGAUAAGGAGACUCAGAUUGCAUGGAGACAGUUGGUUCUCACUCUCAUAUUCUACAUGAAGUAAGUUUCAUUAACUUCCAUUACAAGCGACAUCAACUUUAGGCUCGGAUUCGAAAGAGAGACCCUCAGAAUGAGCAGAGACAACACCAGAAAAUGCAGUAUAACCACAACCGAUCUCAAAGAUUUCCCCGUCAUGCUGUUGCCGUGA